AUGAAAGGUGAUAAUGAAACACUACUUACCGAUCGAUCCCACAAGCCAAGAAAGCCAAAAUCAUGGGAAGUGAGCUCGAGAUUUCUCUCUCCAAGCUCAACACUAUCGCGUGAUAUGGGGAUGCCAUCUCCAAACCAAGCUCUCUCACCGGUAAAACCAUCAACGCCACCUGAUAAUCGAAAGCAUCGAAGCCUUGAUCAGGACGGGGGUUUCAUUCGAGGCCUUUGGCCUUCUUCCACUACUACUUCUCAGUCAUCAUCCAACAAAAAUUUUAGCACCCUUGCUGAUCAUCUUGGAAAUGAGAGAUUAAGAGACUAUCUUGACCGCAAAACAAAUGAGAAAGCCAAGUAUACUCACGUUUUCUCGCUUGGUAGACAAAGAAGUUGCAGUGAGUUCAGUAGAUUUGAUAAUGGGAAAGAGAAAGAGAAAGGGAAAGGAGGUGCUAAAGAGAAUCAUAAACCACUCCUUGGAGGGUCCAUGAGGUACACAGGAAAAUUAAAGUUUCCAGGAAAAUCUUCCUCCUCAUCUUCUUCAACCAAUUCUUUGUCAAAUAAUUCAGGGAUCGUUCCUGGAAGAAUGUCUGUUGAUGAAAAUACUCUGUAUAGAAAAUCACAUAGACGAAGAUCAGAUCCCUUUAUGGACAAUCUUGAGUCACUAUCAAAGUGUAGUGACACAUGUUCAGCCACAGAUAUUAGCUCUCCAGGGAUGGGCAAAGGUUCCUCUGACUCGAGAAAAUCUGGUAUUGAUGUACCUAAUAGACCCAGAAGAUUGAACUCAGAUUCGAAUAUACAGAUGCCUGUAUCAUUCGACAGUUCUCCAAGGUUGAAGAAAUUUACACUAAAAAAUGCAAUCAAGAGGGCUAAUUCGUUAACUGGGUAUGGAAGUGCAACGUCACAAUGGGCCUUGUCGCCAGGACGUUCAGGUUCACCUCCUAUGUCUGUAGAGAGUAAGCAGAGGCCAAUGUCAUUCUCUAGUUUGAAGCCUCCAAGUAGUUCUUCAAAGGCCACAGGUAUGGAGAAAUUGCUGAAUAUGGGGCUAGACUUGUUUAAGAGCAAGAAAACUUCGUCAUCACCACUGGGGUAUGAAGACGUGGAGACUGUACAUCAACUGAGAAUGCUUCAAAAUCGGUUGACGCAGUGGCGGUAUGCCAACGCUAGAGCUGAUGCAGUCAAAGAAAAGAUGACUAAUCAAGUGAAGAACAAUUUGUUGUGUGCUUGGGAUGGUGUUGCAAAGUUGGAGCAUUCAGUGCUGCAGAAGAAGUUAAGGCUUCAAAAGGAAAAGCUUAAAAUGAAGCUAGACUUUAUCCUCAUGUCUCAAAUUAAACCAUUGGAAUCCUGGGGCGAUAUGGAAAGACAACACUUAUCAGCAGUUUCCAUGAUGAAAGAAUGCCUGCAUUCGGUUGUUUGCAAAAUCCCUCUAACUGAAGGAGCCAAGGUGGAUCCCCAAUCUGCUUCCACCGCGAUUCGACAUGCAUUAGAUCUUGCAGCUUCCAUCAAGUCAAUAUUAGCUAACUUUCCACCAUCAGCGGGGAAGACCAUUUCAUUACUCUCAGAAUUGGCUGACACAGUUGCACAAGAGAGGUUGCUCAUGGAGGAAUGCAUUGAGCUUUCUAGGAGCAUAGCUCUGCUAGAGAUGGAAGAGAGGAGUGUGAAAUGUUGUAUUAUUCAAUUGAAAUCAUGUCAACAUCUACAGCAGCAUCAAGAAGAAGAGACCCCUUUAUAGCUUCUGGUGAUGGAUUUACAAAACUACUGAUAGCAAAAUUCGCAGGAGCACGAAAUCACUCAAGUAAUAAAGUAGUGAGUUAAACAACGUUCUCACAAGGAUUGUUUACUAAAUAUCAAGAUUGUUUUA